AUGCAUAUACGAGUGACACCCUUGGCAGCCCUUGCGGUCACAGCCUCUGUAGUCCGUGCUGCUGGUCAGCUUGGCUUCGCUGUGGGAAAUGUAAAUCCCAAUGGCUCAUGCAAGAAGCGAAGUGAUUUUGAGGCAGACUUCAAAGCAAUUACCGAUAAUACCCACUCGACCCUGGUAAGAACAUAUUCUUCCUCAGACUCAUUUGGUAAUCUAUGCAACACACCCUCGGAAAUCCUCCCAGCCGCGCAGAAUGCUGGGGUAAAGGUUCUUCUUGGUAUGUGGCCGGAUGGAAUCGACGUAUACGAGAAGGAGAAAGCGCCCAUUGUGCAAGCCAAUGUCGAGCAAUAUGGAGACACCCUCUUUGGAAUCACGGUAGGCUCUGAAGGUCGCUACCGAGGAACAUACUCCGAAGGCGAGUUGGUGAGUUGGAUAGACGAUAUGAAAAAGACCUUUCCGAACACGAAGAUUGGCACGGCGGACUCUUGGAGCUCCUGGAACAACGGCUCGAUGGAUGCAGUCAUAAGAGGUCCAAUUGAUCUUGCUCUUGCGAACGGGUUUCCCUACUGGCAAUACCAAGACAUUAGCAAUGCCACCAAAACAUACUUCGAAGCCAUGGCCCAGGCGCUGGCGCAUAUUCAAGAAGUAUCAGGAAGUCUCGAUAGAAUUCAUUUCAUGAAUGGUGAAACAGGAUGGCCAGGCGACGGUGGAACAGACGCUGGUGCUGCUUUGGCAGGAACUGACAACGCGAAGAUUUACUGGGAUUCUGCUGUUUGCGCAUUACUCGAUUGGAACGUUGAUGUCUUCUGGUUCGAAGCUUUCGAUGAGCCGAACAAACAGGACGCCAUUAGUGAUAACAGUCAACGAGCAACCGAGAAGUUCUGGGGAUCUUUCACUUCCGAUAGAGUGCCCAAAUUUGAUAUGAGAUGUGGUUGA